GUGCUUAAAUGCAAAAGAUGGGGUGAAGUAUUAAAGGAAAGAAGAAGAAGAUGAAGAUGAUGGGGUAAAGUAAUGCGUUCACAGUCAAGUCUCAAUAAAUCAGUCGCUCCGAGCUGAAAUGAUGUUGCCUGGAGUAUUUUACGCGUCGCUGGCGGGGUUCCUGGCAGCUUUAGCAUCUUCUUCGGCAAAGUUAUCCCUGGGUGCUGAUCACCUGAAAGAGGUGUGUGAGACAGGACUGAAGAUCUGGACAGAUAGACAGGCGAGCAGUCGGGAUCAGGGGCUUGACACCACAGUGUGUGACUGGUUACAUAUACCCCUGCGGCUUCUUUGUGGUGGUCUUCUGUUCACCUGCAAUGCCGUGAUGUGGACGUUCUUCGCCAAAGCUCUGCGACACUCAUCUUCCUCAGCCCGGGCCACUGUGACCACCACUGCCUCAAAUUUGAUCUCCUCUGCAUUCCUUGGACAUGUGAUCUUUGGGGAAACGCAUGCCUCGUUAUGGUGGGUUGGUAUCAUCUUAACCCUAACAGGGCUUCUUGUCUUGCAAGGAUCAACUCAUCAGGCUUCACAGGAAAAUGUGUCUAAGAAAGACGAAUAACAGAACAACACAGAGCAAAUCAUAGACCAAAUAACAAGGCUGUUGAUGCUCGAAAGAACAAAGAAAAACUGAUAUAUUAAUCGGCUGAGACUGAUAUAUGCAGAAAUCCAUGUUGAAAUGAUUUAUGUUGAGAACAUAUUUCUUUCUUUCAGACUGUUUAAAAUGUUUGGAAAAGAGUGAUUUUAUCAUUUUGUGUUAUGAAACAUGAAGAAAAUGUAGAUGUAAAGCGUACAAUUCUGUCACUUUGUGCCUACAGUCAUAGACAUAUAAUUUACGGCAUACUUAAACAAUCAAGGGCUGUGCCUUCCAAGUAUGCUUGAACUGUUAAUACUUUGCAAUGGCAGGGCCUAGGUUCUGAUAUUGGGAAGAGAUGAACACAAUGUUUUUUUAAUUAGAUGUGCCUAAAUGUCGAAAAUAUAAGUAAAAAAAAGUAGAUCUGGCCCAAUUUUUGACUGCUAGUAGAAAUGAGACAUUAAAUUGAUUGUAACUCUUAUUAUUGAAACUAUAAAUAUGUGUCCAUCCAUCAUAAACCUUUUUGUUUGUUUAUUUUCUGAAAUUUGCUGACGUGUACUGUAUACGGUCCUGCAUGUUGAACAGUUUCUCAUGCUGAAUCUCUUAAGAAUCUAUUUCGUUUCAGCUCUAAACUGUUUGUUUCAAUCUCAGGUAUUCUAAAGUCAAAUCUGUUUCCAGUCUUUUGCCAGAAAGAGGCAUUCAAACAGGAAGCAGAGGCUGAUGUUUUUUCCCUAUACUACACUGCCUGUCUGACUUGUUUUUACAUCUUUCAUUUAGAUGCCAGUACAAAUAACAUUACUGUAUACCUUUUGACAUAUACUGCAAUGCUUGAAACACACUAAACAUGCACUUGUCUUAGAACAUGACAUUUGUCAGGUAGCAUCUUUUAAGCAAAUUGCUAAUUACCUGUCUUUUUUUAAUAAAAUGGAUUUUAAUCUCAUGAAGGCCGGAG